AUGCUUCAGGCUCAGCAUCUUUAUUCGCAUCAGCAGCAGUAUAACCAGCAUGACCAACCCUCCUGGCAGCAUGCUGGUCCACAAUCCAAUCUGCAGGGUUUGAGUCAUGGUCAACAACAUUCUCAAGCACAGGCCGCUGCUGCUGCUGCCGCCGCAGCCCAACAGCAGCAUUACAAUCGGAUCGCUAUUAACCAAUCACACUCGCAAAACAAUAAUCGUCAAUCCUCGGGCGACAACGCCUCGGCCACAAUAGGUGCCUCGCUGACCGCCAUGAACGAGCAAGGAUCCCCGGGCAUGGAGCAACAGCUAUCAGAGGAGAACCGCAAGGUCUUACAAUGGGUUGCAGAAUUAAUGGAUCCUGCCAGAAGAGAAGGAGCUUUGAUGGAAUUGAGCAAGAAGAGAGAGCAAGUCCCGGAGCUUGCUCUGGUUCUUUGGCACAGCUUCGGAGUCAUGACCAGUCUGCUUCAGGAGAUUAUUUCGGUCUAUCCUCUGUUGAAUCCGAGCCAGCUCACUGCCGCUGCCAGCAACCGCGUCUGUAAUGCCCUGGCCCUCCUGCAAUGCGUUGCUAGUCACAAUGAGACUCGCGGUCUCUUUCUAAAUGCACACAUCCCGCUCUUCCUCUACCCCUUCCUCAACACAACGUCGAAAUCCAGACCCUUCGAAUACCUCAGACUGACCUCCUUGGGCGUCAUCGGUGCCCUGGUCAAGAACGAGCCAUCCAACAACAAUUCUUCGCCCACCAUUACCUUCUUGCUGACCACUGAGAUCAUCCCCCUCUGCCUGCGUAUCAUGGAGACGGGCAGCGAGCUUUCAAAGACUGUGGCCAUUUUCAUUGUCCAGAAGAUUCUUCUAGAUGACACUGGGCUCGGCUACAUAUGCGCGACAUACGAACGCUUCUAUGCCGUUGGAACUGUCUUGAGCAACAUGGUUAUUGGCUUGGUCGAGACACAGACGGUGCGGCUCUUGAAACACGUUGUUCGCUGCUUUUUGAGGCUUAGUGAUAAUAACCGGGCCCGGCAAGCCUUGAGACAGUGCCUCCCUGAGCCACUCCGCGAUGCAACUUUUUCCAAUGUUCUGAGGGACGACGCUGCCACCAAGCGAUGCCUUGCGCAGCUUUUGAUCAACCUAAGCGACACCGUUAGCGACACUCAGAAUGACCAAUUCGGGGACUGA